CGGCUCCGGCCUGAGGUCUGUCAGGAGCAGAACUGGCUCGAGUGCCGCGACAUGUUCGAAUGCCUCCGGGCGUUGGGGUCGUGGAAGGCGGUUGCGCGACGCCCGCACGUAAAAAUGCUCGUCCUGCGGGCCCUCGUCGUCCGCGACCGGGCGACGACGCGCGACGUGACUCUACGCCGACUCGUGACGCUGCCCGACGUGGUCCUCUGGCGCGUGCUGAGCUUCUGGCGCGCGACGGAGUAG